UUCAGACAUCACAAUUCACAGCUGCACCUCAGAGACUUCAAGUAGACGGCGACUAAAGCCGCGCACCGGCAACGAAACCGCCGUUACUUGGUCGCUAUAUAUUUAUUAGGCCCGCUGGUCGACUAGGCAGGCCUUCACAUCCCGCUCACACCGGCUCUUGAGGAGUUUUCUGCUGUCGUCCCGGGACGGACAGCCAGCACCCUGCCGGACAGAUCCCGCCGCGGGAAUCGGAGCAAGAUUAGGUGUAUUGAUGAAAACGCUAUGACGAUACAGAGUCUAACCUUUUCGCCGUUUCCUUGCCGGUCACGACUAAGGCCACUCGAUUUUCCGUGCGCUUUAUAAAACCCCCUGGUUGCUGGCCAUGCUGCAGAAUGGAACUCCAUAGAGCGUCGCGUAGAGAAUCGCAUAGAUAGCUAGUGUGUCACGGCCCGAGGUCGAAGCUCCUAACUCCACCCUGUCGUGUAGCCGUCGCACAGCAGCUCGUCGCACAGCAGUUCGUCCCACAGCAGCAUGGGGAGCAAAAGCCACAAUAUGCCGAGCCUCACACCUAGAUCGCACGCGGGCCAAGCGGCGGCUGACGUGGAGGAGGGCGCGCAGCAGGCGGACCUCCGCUCCCCCCUCCUCUCCGUCGGCGGAAGCGCGGGCCCCAAGGAGCGCCACCACCACCACAGCGGCAGCAUAGGCGGAGGCGCGGGGAGCCUUGGGGGGCCUUCCCCGGGCGGCGGGGGCGGCUCCGCGUCGGAGGGGAAGCUGGCGAGCUUCUUCCGCGCGGACUCGGCGUCCGAGCGCAAGCGCGACGACAACUGGGCGGUGGGCGGGUCGAGCGGGGGCGCGGGGCGGCGGUCGCGGCGGUUCCAGGUGGCGGGGAGCGCGCUGCUGUCGGGCAUGUGCUACUGCGCGUCGUCGUGCUCCAUGAUCCUUCUGAAUAAAGUGGUGCUCUCGGGCUACAAGUGGGAGGCGCAGAUCUCCCUCAUGCUCUACCAGAACCUGGUGAGCGUGACAGUGGUGCUGGCGCUGGUGCACAUGGGCGUCAUCGCCACGGAACCGCUCACGCUGCGCCUCAUGACGGUGUGGUUGCCAGUCAACCUCAUCUUCGUCGGCAUGCUCGUCACCUCCUUCUUCAGUCUGCAGUACAUGCAGGUGGCGAUGGUGACAAUCCUCAAGAACGUGACCAACCUCAUCACAGCGGUGGGCGAGAUGUACCUUUUCCGCAAGCGCCACUCCACCAAAGUCUGGGGCUCGCUCUUCCUCAUGAUCCUCUCGGCCUUCUGCGGCGGCUUCACGGACCUGGCGUUCCACCCAGUGGGGUACACGUGGCAGAUAUUCAACUGCUUCUUCACCGCCGCGUACUCGCUGACCCUGCGCAAGGUGAUGGACACCGCCAAGGCGUCCACCAAGAGCGGGCAGCUCUCGGAGUUCACGAUGGUGCUGCUCAACAACGCGCUCUCCUUCCCGCCCGCCAUCAUCCUCAUCAUCGCAUUCAGCGAAACCAAAUACCUCCUGCACUCGCCCCUGAUGCUGAACGGCGGGUUCUGGGUGGCGGUGACUCUGAGCGGGCUGCUGGGGCUGGCGAUCUCCUUCACCUCCAUGUGGUUCCUCCACCAGACGUCGCCCACCACUUAUAGUCUGGUGGGGUCGCUCAACAAGAUCCCUCUCUCCCUCUUCGGCAUCAUUCUCUUCAACGCCCCCACCAACGCCGCCAACAUCUCUUCCAUCCUCUUCGGGUGUUUUGCCGGUGUUCUCUUUGCUCGCGCAAAGAUGCUGGGCUGAUGCCUCCACCAUCUCACCUCACCGCACCUUCAACAAUAUUUGACAUUACCAAAUGGCAUCUUAUUCAAAGGUUCUCUAAUAUAACCCAUGUGGGUUCAAAGCUGGCAUUUUGGUCCGCUUUGUUAAGAGAUCUGGUUGUUACCCGUCAACCUGGAAUGCUUCAGAUGAUGCAAAGUGUUUCAGAGGAGUGCUGGACUGGAAUCGGCAAUGGUCCCAGGGAAGGGCAAGCAUGGUGGGGAAGCAUGGAGGCCUUGGGCUUUCUGGCUACGCUCACCCACUACACAGAUUUUUAGCUCAGUGUUUAGUGACAGCUGUUUCGACAUUUGCGGCAUGAAGCUAUAUCAUCAUGGUUAUGCUAUCUUGACGUAACUUGUACUAUUGACCACCUAAUGACGUUUGUUAAAUUCAUUUUGCUAAAACAAGGC